UAUUAGGCCGCAGAAGCCUGGGCGGCGCGGUGGCUCGGAGCUAGAGUGGCCGGGUGGCGGCGAGAGGUUCGCGAUGCCGCUGUUGUUCUUGGAGCGCUUCCCCUGGCCCAGCCUCCGCACCUACACGGCGCUCAGCACCCUGGCCCUGCUGGGCACUAGUCUCAGCGCUUACCGCGCCCUCAGCCAGGCCCCCGGCGUGGCCGCGGGCUCUAAGCCGGGCGAGCACCCUCGCCGCGGCGGGCAGCGGGCCCUGGACGUAGCCUACUACCUGCUGUCGGACAGCCUCUGCGUCUGGGUACUAGUGAACACUGCCUGCUGUUUUCUGAUGCUGGUGGCUAAGUUUAUCCAGUGUAUGGUGUUCGGUCCUCUCCGUGUCAGCGAGAGGCAGCAUCUCAAGGAUAAAUUCUGGAAUUUCAUUUUCUACAAGUUCAUCUUCAUUUUUGGUGUGCUGAAUGUUCAGACAGUGGAAGAAGUAGUGAUGUGGUGCCUUUGGUUCUCUGGGCUCGUGUUUCUUCAUCUUAUGGUUCAGCUCUGCAAGGAUCGCUUUGAAUAUCUUUCCUUUUCUCCUACCACACCUAUGAGCAGCCACAUCAGAGUCCUGACCCUGCUCAUAGCCAUGCUCCUGUCCUGCUGUGGAUUAGCCCUCAUCUGUGGUGUUAUUGGCUACUCUCAUGGCAUGCACACAUUGGCUUUCAUGGCAGCAGAGUCUCUGCUUGUGACAGUUAGAACCACUCAUGUGAUUUUACGAUACGUAAUUCACCUCUGGGAUCUCAGCCAUGAAGGAAUGUGGGAGGGCAAAGGCACUUAUGUCUACUACACUGAUUUUGUCAUGGAGCUCACCUUGCUUUCACUGGACUUGAUGCAUCACAUUCAUAUGCUGCUGUUUGGUAAUAUUUGGUUGUCAAUGGCGAGCCUCGUGAUUUUCAUGCAGCUACGCUACCUGUUUCAUGAGGUUCAACGAAGAAUACGGCGGCAUAAGAACUACCUCCGUGUAGUGGGAAAUAUGGAAGCUAGGUUUGCAGUUGCAACACCGGAGGAGCUAGCAGCCAAUAAUGAUGACUGUGCCAUUUGCUGGGACUCCAUGCAGUCCGCACGCAAACUCCCUUGUGGGCACUUCUUCCACAACUCGUGCCUGCGGUCCUGGCUGGAACAAGAUACAUCUUGCCCCACCUGCAGAAUGUCUCUUAAUAUCACUGACAGCCAUCAUGUGAGGGAGGAUCACCAAAGGGAAAAUAUGAAUGAGAACUUGGGCCCUGUGGCAGUAGCAGAAGGCAGACCACGCUUGAACCAGCACAAUCACUUCUUCCACUUUGAUGGCUCUCGAAUUGCCAGCUGGCUGCCCAGUUUUUCAGUAGAAGUGAUGCACACAACCAACAUCCUUGGUAUCACACAAGCCAGCAACUCACAGCUCAAUGCUAUGGCCCAUCAGGUUCAGGAGAUGUUCCCUCAGGUUCCUUACCAUGUAAUUCUACAGGAUCUGCAGCUAACUCGUUCAGUAGAGAUCACCACUGACAACAUCCUAGAAGGGCGCAUCCAGGUACCUUUCCCCACACAGGCUGCUCCAACCCCUUCAACAGACAUUGUAGUUCCUCCAUCCCCCAGGCCUGGCAGUGCAGCUGAACCAGGGAACGAAACUAUGCCAGUAUCAGUUGUCCCUAUACAUGAGAAGAAAUACUGGGAGCAAAAGUUAGCUCAUCUGGUAGGGGAGGAAGUGGGUGGGACAGGCUCCUCUAAAGCAGAGCCAUCACAAGAAGAAGAGGAGGAAGAGGAGGAGGAAACAGAAAAGGAAGAGGAGGAAGAGACAGAACUCAUGAACGAGGCAGUAACCACCCAAUCCCUGUACCUGAGUGAGUUGCGAAAAGAUUUCAGACGUCAUCCAGGUGAGCACAUUCUCACCUGGCUGCUCCGAUGCUGGGAUAAUGGAGCCAGUAGUGUGAAAUUAGAGGGUAGGGAAGCCAGGCGGCUGGGAUCCCUUUCUAGGAAAGGAGGCAUUGACAAAUCGAUUGGAAGAGGAGCACAAGUCUUCAGCCUCUGGAGCCGACUUCUGUCAAGUGUGAAGGAACAGUAUCCAUUCAAGGAAGAUGUAUGUCACACAGUCAGGUGGACAUCUGUGGAAAGAGGUAUCCAGUACCUGAGGGAAUUAGCUGUGCUGGAGGUGAUUUAUGACGACAAUGAGAAGUUAUCCAAAGAUCCAGAUGAAGUCAGGUGCACACGAUACAUGUGGCAGAAGUUUGUACAGAGCAUACCAUCAUUGUAUGCCGACUUGUUGGCAGUAAUGAUGUGGAAGGAUGGAGAGGGACAAACAGUGGAUGAAUUGGCUGGCCAGCUCUGGCGUUAUGAAGCAGGUCUCUCUUCCUCCCUCAUCUUGGCUUUGGAGAAACUGUCCUGUGAGUUUCAGCGACUCAGAGAGGAUAUAUCCUUCUCAGCACCUAUAUGGCCCAGUAUUUUGGCUACUAAGAACAAGGGUCCGUGUGCGCAAGAGAGAGGAUAUAGUGGGUACACACCACGGGGUGCCCUAUGGUUUUACUUGCGUGACCAUGGAGAGGAUAUGAGGAAGUGGGAUGGAAAACCUACCGCGACCCUAGAGGCACGGGUACGUGAGUUGCAAGAAAAAACAAUUGCAAAAGGGGGUUCUUUCAGGAAAAUUGCUUCUCCAGUUUCCAGGGGGCACUUUCCCAGACAGAGAAGGGCUGAUCUUAAUAAAGGAUCUUCUGAUUUGUAUUUACAAGAAGGGAGUAACAAAUAUUAUUACCAGUAUUAGGGGCGCCCUGCCUCCAGCCAGGUGGAGGAAGGGGACAACUUGGAUAUACUGGACUGUGUGGAUGGCCUGGCACAUCAGACCCACAGGAGUGAGUAUAAAGCUGUAUUAGAUGUAAUUGCACAGUGACAGGAAUCCCAACAGGUGACUGUAUUGCAGGCUGAAGUGAGAAUGAGUGGGAAAAGCACUGAACUGUGACAGGCCCAGAGGCUCUGUGCAUCCUUGGCAUAGACUGUCUCGGAGGGAGUACUUCAAGGACCCAGAAGGAUAGCAGUGGGAAUGUGGUAUAGCUGCCUUGGAGAUGGAGGAACUUAAGCCACUGUCUACUUUGCCCAGUCUCUUGAAGGACCCUUUGGUUGUGGGGUUACUCAGCCAAGUGGUAUGCUGCUGUUGAUAACUGCUAAUGUAUUUUUCUUAA